CGUAUUACUGUUAUAAUAAAAUCUACAUAUACAUUUUUUAUUUAUAGUUUGAACUAUACGCGUCAUAUAUUUUAUAUAAUUUUUAUUUACAUUUAUAUAUACAACCAUAGACUUGCUUAGUAUUUGAAAUUAUGCGUAUUAUAGUAAACAUACUUUUGGCCGCCACCCUCAUUGCAGCACCAGCCCAUGCACACAUUCAAAUGAUUAGUCCCUGUCCGCGUUACAACGCUAAUGGAAAAAACUGUCCAGCAUUACCCGCAGGCCAAAUAAUAGACUACUCUAUGACAUCCCCCUUAGGCGAAACCCAACCUCUAUGCAAAUACACCGUUCCGUUUGCAACUCCUUCAGCUACCUGGACUGCAGGCCAGUUGGUCAAAAUAUCAUUUCAGCCCGGAGGUGCCGCUCAUAGCGGCGGGCAUUGUCAGUUUUCCAUGUCCUACGAUGGUGGCAAGACAUUUGUUGUGAUUCAUGAAGAGUUAAAGUACUGCUUUGUUGGGAGUGCCUCGUCUGGUAACAGUAUGUUGAUUAGUAGUUAUGAUAUUAAGCUGCCUUCAGACCUGCCGGCCUCGGAUAAGGCAGUGUUUGCUUGGACUUGGGUUAAUGCGUCGGGUAACCGUGAAUUUUACAUGAACUGCGCCGACGUGGCUAUCAAGAGCAGCUCAACAUCGUUUACUGGAAAGGAAAUGACUAUUGUGAAUCAUAAAGGGUACAAGACUAUUCCUGAAUUUGGUGGAAGCUACGACACGGGGCUUGAUAUCUAUAACAAGGCCAAGCAAAUUACAGUCACCAGCAGUGGUGUCUCCAAGGGAGCUUCAAAUAUCAACAAUGACCCAGAAAACAGCUCGAUUGUUUCAAGUGCUUUUAGCAGCACCCAACCAACUAGCAGCACUGAAGCAGUUAGCAGUAGCAGUAUUAUUAUUUCAGCCGAUCGGAUUGUUAACCUUGUUGCUGCCAAGGCAGUCAGCAGCUCGGGUUCACUCGCAUCAGAAACCCUAACCACCAGAAGAAGGCCCUGCAAGGGUAAAAAUGCUUUACCUUCAGCCUCACCAUCCGCUUCACCUUCAGCUUCACCUUCAGAUAAGGUGUUUGUUUUAGAAAACGUGGUUAUUCCGGCUAAUGAAUUGGCGCAGUGCUCUUUGGGUGAGUUUAGGUGCGGAAGUGACACGGCAAGUUUUGACACUUGUGAUAACUCCGGAUGGGUUUCGCGCCCUUGUGCGCCUGGAACCGUGUGCCGGAUUUCAGCGGACAGUUCUAGUCCUUGCCAGCUGGCCUGA